GCAGAAACAGUGAUAUUAAUGUCACACAACAGGGACUGCUGAGUAAAAGAUCAUAUUUCAGUCCAGCAGAUGAGAUCAGCAUCUUCAGGGAUCAGUAAUGUGUUCAUGAACUCUCUGUACAUUCAGUAAUAUUAAAAAAUGGAGUGUUCUGAUUCGGACACAUAUAAUGAGACCCCACCCUCAGAAAAGUGUAAACACAGAAGAAAGAGACCAGACUUACCAGAACCCAGCUGUGUCUCCAUGAAGAGUAAUGGGUCUAUGGAGCCUCCUAAUAACUUUAAACGUAGAGACUCCUCAUCUGUACACAGUAAACCCAGGACAAAGAGAUCAGACACACCAGAACCCAGCUGUGUCUCCAUGAAGAGUGAUGGGUCUAUGGAGCCUCCUAAUAACUUUAAAAGUGGAGUCUCCUCAUCUGUACACAGUAAACUUCAGAUAAAGAGAUCAGACUCAGAAGAACCCAGUUGUGUCUCCAUGAAGAGUGAUGGGUCUAUGGAGCCUCCUAAUAACUUUAAACAAGGAAACUCCUUGUACAGACACAGUGAUCUACAGAGGACAGGAGAUGGUAUAGGACAGAUCAUCAUCACAGAUACAGGACAUGACUUGGAAUCUGCUGCUGUAAAUAAAUUCCAGAAGAAGUUCAGAUCAAAUCUGAUAAAGUUUGAGUAUGUAAAUGGAGUGAUAAUAAAUCAGGAAAACCGAACACUCCUGAAUGAGAUCUACACAGAGCUCUACAUCACAGAGGGAGGCAGUGGAGACGUCAAUAAAGAACAUGAGGUGAGACAGAUCGAGGCAGCGUCCAGGAGAAGAACAUCAGAAACACCAAUCAAAUGCAAUGACAUCUUUAAGCCCUUAUCUGAUCAAGACAAACCCAUCAGAACUGUUCUGACAAAGCCCUUAUCUAAAAAACCCAAACCCAUCAGAACUGUGCUGACAAAGGGAGUUGCUGGCAUCGGAAAAACAGUCUCUGUGCAGAAGUUCAUUCUGGACUGGGCUGAAGGGAAAACAAAUCAGGAUGUCCACCUCAUAUUUCCACUUCCUUUUAGAGAGCUCAAUCUGAUGAAGGACCAGAAACUGAGUCUGAUGGAGUUCCUUCAUGUCCAUUUUAAGGAAACAAAAGAAACAGAAAUGUCCAGUUUGGAAAAGGUUCUGUUUAUUUUUGAUGGAUUGGACGAGAGUCGUUUUUCUCUGGAUUUCCAGAACACAGUGAGUGUGUGUGAUGUAACUGAAUCAGCAUCAGUGCCUGUGCUGCUGAUAAACCUGAUCAAAGGUAAUCUGCUUCCCUCUGCUCUCAUCUGGAUCACCUCCCGACCAGCAGCAGCUGAUCAAAUCCCCUUUGAGUGUGUCGAUCGAGUCACAGAGGUACGAGGGUUCAAUGACCCACAAAAGGAGGAGUACUUCAGGAAGAGGAUCAGUGAUCAGAGCCUGGCCAAUAACAUCAUCUCACACCUGAAGUCAUUAAGAAGCCUCUACAUCAUGUGUCACAUCCCAGUCUUCUGCUGGAUCUCAGCCGCUGUUCUAGAGAGAAUGUUUGGUGAAGCAGAGAGUGGAGAGAUCCCCAAGACUCUGACUCAAAUGUACACACACUUCCUCAUCAUUCAGAUAAACAUCAUAAGAGAAAAGUACUCAAAGAAGCAGGAGAGUGAUGAAAAAAUGCUUCUUAAACUGGGACGACUGGCUUUUCAGCAGCUAGAGAAACACAACCUGAUCUUCUAUGAGGAAGACCUGAGAGAGUGUGGCAUUGAUGUGAGAGAAGCAGCAGUGUACUCAGGUGUGUGUAUGCAGAUCUUCAGAGAGGAGUUUGGCCUUCACCAGAAUAAAGUGUACUGCUUUGUGCAUCUGAGUAUUCAGGAGCAUCUCGCAGCUUUGUACGUGCACCUGAUGUUCAUACGGGAAAAGAGAAAUAUUCUUGAAGAGAGAUUGAAACUUAAACCAGGGUUUUUUUCAUUCCAUCAAUCCCAGAGUGAGAUUGUAAUCUCAGAUGUUCACAUUAAUGCUAUGGAUCAGGCCUUAGACAGUGAGACUGGACAUCUGGAUCUUUUCCUCCGCUUUCUUCUGGGUCUCUCACUGGAGUCCAAUCAGAAACUUUUACACACUUUAGUAACACAGACAGGAAGUAGCUCACAGAGCAAAGAGAAAACAGUUCAGUACAUUAAAGAGAAGAUCAGUCAUCUUAAUGAUCGUAAUUAUCGUAAUGAUCGUAAUGAUCGUACUGCAGAGCAAUCCAUCAAUCUGUUCCACUGUCUGAAUGAACUGGGUGAUGAUUCUCUAGUGGAGGAAAUCCAACACUACCUGAAAUCUGGAAAACAAAGUGAACUCUCUCCUUCACAGUGGUCUGCUCUGGUGUUUGUGUUACUGACAUCAGCAGAGGAGCUGGAGGAAUUUGACCUGAAUAAAUAUAUCAGUCCAGAAAAGGUAACAAAAGAUGUUCUUGUGGGGGUGAUGCCUGUGAUUGCAGCAUCCAGAAAAGCAAUUAUCAGGUGUGAUGAAAUUGGAGGGAGAAGUGCUGAAGCUCUGGGCUCAGCGCUCAACUCAGAAACCUCCAAUCUGAGAGAACUGAAACUGACUGUGAAGACACUGGACCUGUCUGAUAAUAAACUAACAGACUCAGGAGUGAAGUGUCUCUGUGUUGGACUGAAGAAUCCUGACUGUAAACUGGAGUCACUGAUGUUGUCUAAUUGUGGUGUCUCAGAUGAAGGCUGGGCUGCUCUGACUUCAGCUCUGAGAUCAAACCCCUCACACCUGAGAGCACUGUAUCUGUCCUAUCAUAAUAAUCUAGGAGACUCAGGAGUGAAGUGUGUCUCCCCUGUACUGGAGAAUCCUGACUGUAAAGUUGUGGUGUGA